UUGCCCUGAAUGAAUUUCUGGUUCUGCAGGAUGGAGGUUAGCCAGAAAACAAAGUAACGGGCUACGACUGAUCGAUGGGGUGUUAUCAGAUUGCUUUCGUUAAGCGAAUGGGGAGUGACCGUAGUAUUUAUUGCGACCGAAGCCUUAUGAUGGGAUAAGCCGACCCAAGCCCAACCCCCUUGGUUCUCACAUCACGAAUACACAUAUAUACCCAUAGCGUCUCUCGGUUUCGCAGUGCAGUUACAGAGGCAAUCCGCAGCUCUCGCCGCAUUGGCCAUUAGGAUCGAGCAGACGGCGGACACUUUAAUGGUGCCGCCUGUGAUCUAAGGACUCGCGCACGCUGGCCCCUGCCUUUAAGGGCUCUCUGCCAUCAUGAGCAGCCGGCAGACGCCACUCUUCGUGCUGUUGCUGCUCUGCAGUUUGCUAUCGCAAGCCUCGCUGGCACCUUUGACUGGGCAGCUGUCCAAGGAAGACGAAGCGGUAAUAAAGUGCAUCAUCGAGGUGCUGUCCGAUACCCUGAGCAGAAGGGAGGAUUCCACUCUAACCAAGGAAUGCCUGGAGAUACUGAAGAGCGACCAGCGGAUAUAUGACUUGCUGCAACACGACAGUGUUUUGAAUGGACUCCAAGAACUGGCGACACCAAGUGUAAAACUGACACCGAGCCGACGAGGUGACAGCAGGGAUUACCUCUGGGAUGACUUUCGCAGGCACUGGGAGAAGCGAUUCACGGAGCCCAGCGAAGAAGAAGAUGUUCGGUUCUCUGGCAAAGAGCACGCCGAGCCACGCGGCCACCACGUGGACGACAAGCGACUGUGGCGGUUCUGGCCGUCGGUAGAGGAGGAGGGGGAAGAGGAGGCCAAAGAGCACGGGAAGCAGCCCAUGGAAGAAACGAGGCGGCACCACGAGGAGGAGGAUGAGAGGAAACGGCACCGCGAGGAUGACCGCAGUGAGCCGGAGGAGAAGGAUGAGGACGAGGAGGAUGAGAAAGACGGCGGAGAGGCAAAGCGUCAUCACGACGGCAGGCACAGCGCGGAGGACACGAAGCGGCACGCGGACCGGCACGGCGAAGAGGGGGGCGACGACCCACGUCAUCGUGCGGACAGACGGGGCGUGGAAGAGGAGGAGGACGAGGAGGAAGAGGAGGACAGGGAACGCCACCAUCCAAAGCGGCACCACGACGACAAGCACGACGACGACGAAGAGGAUGAGGAGGUGGAAGAGAAACGCCACCUCGGUGAACAGCGAAGUGAAGAGGAAGAGGAGAACAAACGCCACCGUGACGACAAACGAAGCGAGGAGGAGCGUGAGAAGCGUCACCAUGGCGACAAGAGAAGUGAGGAAGAGCAGGGCCCUGUACAUCACCAUGGAGACAGGCACAACGCAGAGGAGGAGAAGCGUCACCAUGGCGACAAGAGAAGCGAGGAAGAGCAGGGCCCUGUGCAUCACCAUGGAGACAGGCACAACGCAGAGGAGGAGAAGCGUCACCAUGGCGACACGAGAAGCGAGGAAGAGCAGGGCCCUGUGCAUCACCAUGGAGACAGGCACAACGCAGAGGAGGAGAAGCGUCACCAUGGCGACAAGAGAAGCGAGGAAGAGGACAGCGACGAAGACGACAAGCGUCACCAUGGCGACAGAAGAAGCGAAGAGGAGGUCGAGAAACGUCACCAUGGCUACGAACACGGCGAGGAAGGGGAAGACGUCGAACGUCACCACGGCGACAAACGAAGUGAAGAGGAGGGAGAGUCUGAAGAAGGCACGCGCAGCAAGGGGACGGAAGAGCACAACGGACAUCACCGCUUAGAUAAAAAGCAUCACCAUGACGACAGGCGGAGCAGCGAGCGCUACUUUGAGCGUCCCGGCGAGGAAAAGCGUCACCACGACGAGAGAGCGAGCGACGAAGAGGCCGAGGAGGAGGAGGAGGAGGAAGACGGCGAAAGGAAGAAGCGUCGCCACGGAGAGACGAGGCACAACGAAGAGGAAGAUGAGGAAGAGGAAAAGAGACACCGCCACCGCGAAGAGAAAAGACAUCGCAGCAGCGAGAUAGAAAGCGAGGAGGAUGAGGAGAAGCGACACCGUCGGGGAAGCCAAAGCGAUGAUGAGGAGGACAAAACACAUCAUCACGGAGAUGACAAGCGCCACAGCAGCAGCAGCAGCAGCGUGAGCGAGGACGACGAUGCUGAGGACGACGAGGACGAGCGUCAUCGCGAGGAGAAGCGUCACCGAGAAGAAAAGAGGGCACGGGGCGAGGAGUGGGAGAGUGAAGGUGACGACGGAGAGAGGGACACGAAACGCGACGACGACGACGACGACGAUCGUCAUCAUCGUCGUCAGCGCAGUCACCGCCACCAGGACAAACGCUCCAGGGAAGAGGACCGACGGAGCGAGGAGAGCGAGCGUCGUCAGCGCGGCCAAACGCGCGGCUCGGAGGAAGAGGACCGCGGCUCGGAGGAGAAACGCCUCAGGGAGAAGCGCAGCGAGAGCGACGGCGGCGAGGGAGCCGCGGCGAGCACGGAGGAGAAGAGGUCCCACCGGUUCCUCCCUCGCGCCGGGGGCAAAGACGCACAGAUCCACGAGAAAUUGCCCGACGACGAGGACGACGAGGAGGAGGACGAGGAGGUGGAGGAGGAGAAGAGCGAGGAGCAUGGGGGCAGCAGCGCGGAGCUGAGGCGUCAGGCCACGCCGGAGGUCGAGCGACCGGGCCCCGUGGCGGACCCCGACAAGCGCACGACGGAGUCGGCCAGGGACGAGGAGACGAACCAGUUCAAGGUUCACAAGAAGGGCGAGUCGGAGGGAAAUGAAGGUAAAGCUCAGGAGGUGAAAGAACUCACGAAGUUGGCCAAGAUGGAAGCCGAGCUGGAGAAAAUUGUUCAAAGGUUGAGUGCAGCUAAGAGUUAGCGUGACCCCACUGGGGCAGCUGCAGCGACCACCACCACCACGACGACCACCACCACGACCCGCUCCCCCAGCGCAGCACUUUCAUCGGCAGCGAGCGCCCGCUUCACACACAACACACACACACCCACAUCUAUAAUAUCUCUAUAACCCGCUGUGUUUGUGAUGGGCCAGCGCGUUGUCGUUGCUGCUAAAUGUCACCCCCCCUCCCCUCCCCCCACACACACUCACCGGUGCACGUGGGUGUUUGUUAGCCUGCGGUAACAAUAACAACAACAAAAACCAGUGGCGGUCGUGAGAUGAAUAUAUAUGAAACCGUGCAUGAAUUGUGUAAGCGGUGUUUUAUUAUUUGUUUAGUUGCCGUGUGUUGAUGAGCAGACGAGACGCAUCUAUUGCAGACUGAAAAAGCUGAACCCGAAAGCACACGGAAAGUAUUGGUUUAUUGUUGGUUUCCUGUUGGUUUAUUGUUAGUUCUAAUCACAGUCUCGCCCGAGUGUUUUGUCGUUUUUGCCGUAAUGCAAAUAAAAAAAGUAUUAAUUGCAA